AGGGGAGUUCAUCCAAUCAAAAGAAGCCAUCCCCGCCUGCAUUUUCCAAUCCCCCAAAUCCGAAACCGGUCACUGGAAAGCGCAGUCGGGAUGACGGAAAGGAUGUUUCAACUUCUGAGUCGCAGCGCGAGGCUGCAACCGAGAGCUCUCCCGUCCCGCCUCCAGCAAAGCGAGUGAAAACUGCUCCAGAGCCAUCAUCACUCGCUCAAAACCAAAAGAAAAAUGCAAUACUCAACCGGAACUCGACUGUGCAAUCUUCAAAAGCUUCUGUUUCCAAACAGGUCGAUGAUCAAUUGCCUGAUAAUCGUAAAAAGAAUAAAGGUGAAGGCAUUUGCCGGGAUGGAGACCGCAUUUCCACAGAUACACUACUCUCUAACGACGUUAGGAGAGUACGGAGUACCCGAUCUGAUGGGAGCGAGAUUGCUUCUGGAACGGGACGAUCUGCAUCACCUUCUGUUGCGAAUUCAGAUUCAUCUUCUGCCAAGCACAGUGAGACGAAAAAGGCCACUACCACCUCAAAAAAUGCGGAAGGCAAAGCAAGCGGAGAGAACGAUGUGUUGGAAAGAGAAAUCCAAAGGAGGAAGAACAAGCCCAAUAGGAAAUCUCAAGUCAAUCCUAACAUCGACAAUCCCGAAGGGCAGAAUCCGGUUCGUGUUGAUGUUCAAGAUGAUCGUUCGGACAACUUGACUGGAAACAAAACAUCAAAAGCGAGCUCCUCAGAUACAAACUCGAAAUCAUUGCGAACAGAAACAAGCUCCGAGAGCAAGAAGCCUGGAGAAUCUAACAAGGCAAAACGGGUCGAAACUAUUAUUAAACCAAUGAUCACGAGCGCUCCUUCGAUACUACAGGCAAAUGCUGCAUUCGAUUACCCACGAAGCACGCCGUUUGACCUACAUCUUGCUUGGGUUUGGUAUUCCUUUGGAUUCUUGGAUGAUCUCCCCGACUUCGCAAGGGAUCAUGAUUCGUGA